AGUUUGUCCUUGAGUAAUCUGUGCAUACAUGACAUUCAACCCUGAAUAUUCAUCCAGUGAUGCCAGCAUGUCUGCUUUAGCACUGGCUGAAUGGUGGAUUGGCAGCCUGGUCUGUGUGCUGCUGGGGUCCCUUUCAGUUGCAUAUGAUACAGAAGACUAAUCUGAGGAAACAAGACAUUCACUGACCACAUGUCUCUCUUUGCAGCCAGUCUCUGGAACUGACCAAUGUAAGUGUGGUUUCUUAGCAGUGGUGUUUGUGUAUUUUGUAAAAAGCCAUGGGAAAACUCUUCACCAAUUCCCUAAAUACUCAGCCAUGAGUGAUGGCCAACAGCAAUGAGUGAAUAGCUCUAUUGACUGGAAAUGUCUCACUAGAGUGGUAAUCUCACAUGAUAGUCUCUAAAGAAACCUAGAGACUGUUCACCAAUCACAUAUAGUCUGCUCCUCUUAAAAAAAGACCCAAAACCACUAAAUGUGGUACCAAAAAUUGUGACUUGGUAGGUAUAAAGUAGAAGAUUUCUAAAUCCAAACCUUCUUUUGAAAUCCUGACAGAGAGGUUACAACUAUGGAGGAGAUACAGCUCCUGUUCUGCUCCCUCUCAUCUGCAGCCCAACACCCAGCACUGUUAGCUUGUGGCUGGGUUGGACAAACUGUCCAGAGUAUCUAGUGUCAUUACUGCUUGUUGUGCAUCCUCUCUGGCAAUUUUUAUUUGAACUAAUUAAUGAUUACCUGGGGUGCUUUGCUUAAUCCUGUUCAAUGGUACUGAAGAGAAGAAAGAACAGACAAGACCAGAUGGGCACAGCAAGAUCCUUUUUGUAGCAGUAAACAGUUAAAAGGAAAAUGAAGCCCACCUUCUCCUUGUGUUUAUUGCUGGCUGGUUUGUAUACUGUUGCCCAGUGUCAUCAGCAUCCUCGCUACCCCAUUAAGCAGGAUGAUCCUAAAGGGACAUAUUACCCAGGACUCAGUUCUCGUGGGGAAGGAGUUUACCCAGUUAAGAACAAAACUUUUGGCAAACUAGUUUCCAGCAAUGCUGACUUUGCGUUUUCAUUUUACAAACUGAUUGCAUCUGAAGCAACUGAUCAAAAUAUUUUCUUUUCACCCAUAAGCAUUUCUGCUUCCUUUGCAAUGCUGGCACUUGGUGCCAAGUCAGCAACACUCACGCAGAUUCUGGAAGGGCUUGCCUUUAACCUGGAAAAGACUCAGGAACAGGAAAUACAUGAAGGUUUUAGCCAACUCCUCCACAUGCUGAACCGCUCAGACAGUGAACUCCAGCUGAGCCUGGGCAAUGCCCUUUUUAUAGAAAAGACACUAAAACCACUACAGAAGUUCCUGGAUGAUGUCAAAAGCUUUUAUGAAUCUGAAGUCUUUUCUACUGACUUUAACAAUUCCUCUGGUGCAGAGAAUCAGAUCAACAGUUAUAUUGAGGAAAAGACACAUGGAAGAAUUGCUAAACUAGUGGAAAAUCUUGAUCCUUUCACCACAGUGGUUCUUGUUAACUAUGUCUUCUUUAAAGCCCAGUGGGAGAAACCCUUCAGUACUUCAUAUACAAAACAAGAGGAUUUUUUUGUGGAUCAGGAAACAUCUGUAAAAGUUGACAUGAUGUAUCGAAAGGGUUACUACAGAACUUACUUUGACGAAGAACUGUCCUGUUGGCUGGUUCAGAUACCUUACAAUGGAAAUGCUGCAGCAUUAUUUGUUUUGCCUGACAAAGGGAAGAUGAAACAAGUGGAAGAUGCUCUCUUGAAAAGGACUGUAUCUAAAUGGGGAAAGUUAAUCCGAGACAGGAAAAUACAUCUGCACAUUCCAAAACUUUGUAUUUCUGGUACAUAUGAUGUGAAAAGGAUAGUCAAACAAGUGGGGAUGAUUGAUCUGUUCACUGAACAAGCUGAUCUGUCAGGGAUUACUGAGGAGCCUGGACUAAUGGUUGCAAAAGUGAUCCACAGAGCCAUAUUCAAUGUUCACGAGAAUGGCACUGAAGCAGCUGGAGCCACGGUUAAGGAGAUUACCUGGAGAUCUGGUGAUUUUCCUCAUCCACCUAGAAUCAGAUUCAACAGGCCCUUUCUCCUGAUGAUUCUGGAUAAAUACACCCGCACCAUCCUCUUCAUAGGGAAAAUCAUAAACCCUCUGAAAAAUCACUGACUGACUAGAGAGCAUGCGCUUAUGCACAUUGCUGGCUAAAUUCCUGUGAUCCAGGGAAACAUCUGUGCAUGCACACCACUAUGUACUAGUGCUCAUCUUUCACCCAUUAUCCUUAUAUACAUUAUUAAUCCCUUAAAAAACAAACCCUAUUUUUCCUUGUCCAGAAGUCACUGGUACUUCCGCCAGUCUAUAGCUGGGGAUAGCUUGCAGUGACAAGUCACUUUUCACCAGAUUUUUAAAAAUCUCUUCCUGACAUGCUCCUGUGGGGUAUUUGAGAUGGUUCAAAGUCUUUGGAUGAUGUAGCUACUGCUGUACACUCAUGGUGUGUGUACUGGACAUCAGGCAAACGGAAUCAGGGACAAGAAGGUGUAAGGUAUAAACCUUGUCUGUUUAAUACACUAACAUUUGAUGACUAGUGUUAAAUACAGAUUCCCUUAAUAUUGAAGUGGAUUUCCAUUAAUUUAUUUGGUUUUUAACCAAGUAUGGUGUGAAGCUGCAGGAUCAGUGACUGGGACACUGGAAGACACACGAACUUAAAGGGUUGAUGAUUGCGGCUGGUUUAGCUCGCCUCCCAUUUUCCUCCUCGGAGGAAGCCCUCCUCAUGAAGACAAGAACAUUGUUUUUGCUUUACGAAUAAUAUUUAUUUUACUAAGGAAGGAAGCCACGGCAGCAAAAAGACUCUGUUUUUUUCUGCUAAUAUAGCUAUUAUUGCCAAUGCAGAGAUAAAAGUAUGGUGGACCAGUACCUGGCAUAGCACCAGUUUCCUUUUUAUGGAUUUAUUGUCACUGUCAUUUCUCUUUUCUCCUACUGAUGCCACUAUUACACUUUCCAGCUAGACAUGUCAGACUGCAGUAGAAAAGAGGAGGAAUAAAAAAUUUUAACUCUAUAGAGUUUGUAUUUCCUCAGGAGGAACAGCAGAGCUUUCCUAGGGACUGUUAACAUGCUUUAAACUACCAUAGACACGCAUAGAUAUUGCAGGUAAGAUUUGAGAAGUCAACUUCCUAAAUGGUAGGAGUGGAUUGCUGGUAUGGAGUAAAAAUAUACUGUGAAUUGACAUUUGUACCUUUUCACUUUUAAGGUUUCUUGAGUCUAACUUAUUGCUAUUAUGUUGUUUUAUAGUGAGACAACUGAGAGGAUUUUAACAUACCAGCUACAUUAGAUAGUUGUAUAGUUGUGAAAGGAAAGAAACACAAAUCAGUCAGUAAAUAUUGUAUUUUUUUCUUUAAUUUUUUUAAAUCAACAUGUCUCAUUAAAUAUAGAAAGCCAAUGAAAGUGCUUAAAUUACAGAUUGGUAAAAUAUUUUGCAAUAGGAUAUCUCAAACUGGUAGGAAAAAACUGAAACAUAAAUGGCAACUUUUUAGACUUUAGUGUCUUAAAAUAUCUGUGAAAAAUAUAACUUAAAAGUUAUGGUGAAUAUUUCUAAAAUAUAAUUAUUUUGAUUUGUUUGGGGAUCUUUACUUUUUUUGAAAUUAAAUUAUUGAUAUCAACAUUAGUAAAUUGUAGCUGUAAGUAUACUAAUAAGGAACAUAAGAACCUUUCUACAUCUUUCUGCCAGCCAUGUAACGCUUCACAUUCACUCUGAAAGGCCUCCUCAGAAUCAAGUAAAUUAUUAACAAAAGUUUCUUAAUCAUAACUGUGUUUAAUCUGUUCAAUAUUUAGUAAAAAACA